GAGUACCUUGGAGAAAGUUCAAGCAUUGGAUGAGGGGUGGUACUCUAUUUAAAGCCGGGUUAAGACAGGGGGUAGAGAAAUUGGAAUGAUUGUCGCAUGAUAGCCACCUACGAUUUGGAAACUACUUCUUCAUCAGUGCUUCGCCCAUUCCUUCGCCAGCCCAGAAGACAGACAGACAGACAGACACAUUGACAGUAUUCGGUUCUUCAAUUGGAAUAAAUCCAUAUCUAAUCAACACCAGCCGUAGGUUUAGCCACUGGCACUCUUCCCCCCAAAAGACACCGACAACAAGAAUCGCAAUGGCCUGCGGCGCAGCUUCUUCCGGUCUCGUCAACCGCAACGGCCCCGGCAGCGCCGCCACUUCCAUCGUUGACAGCAUCGUCAAGCCCGCCGAGGCUACGGGUGGCAAGACAAAGUGCAUCGAGUGCGAUGGGUACGAGUGCUGCUGCAUCCCCAUCCCUUGCACCGUCAUGUAAGACGGUGAUUCAGGAACAAUGCAAGACACGGCGAAGUAAACAGUCUGGAAGGAAGCUAGUGUCGUCGGAGGUGUAGUGAGAGGAUUCUACUGCCGCAGAUAACUCUUGUCAAUACGCUGGCAUCGGCCAACCGAGCAUGAACUCAUGAUUUGCUUUUUUGGCCGUUCUAUAUCAUAUAUCUCGUUAAGUCAACU